UAUCGCGGAGCUUAUCGGGGGAAUUCUAACUACACGCGAAGUAAAAGGGUCUGCGUUUGACAGGUUCCGGGUAACUAAGGGGCUCUGGCGUUAUCGGGAUUGCGGUUUCCAAAAUGCUGCCUCUCUCUAUUAAAGAUGAUGAAUAUAAACCUCCCAAAUUCAACUUGGUCCGGAAAGUGUCUGGUUGGAUCAGAUCCAUUUUCUCCGACACAACAUCAAGGAACCUUUUUUGCUUUCUCUGUUUGAAUUUGUCCUUUGCAUUCGUGGAGCUUUUCUAUGGAAUUUGGAGCAACAGCUUGGGCUUGAUUUCGGACUCCUUUCAUAUGUUCUUUGAUUGCACUGCAUUGUUGGCUGGCCUGGCAGCUUCUGUAAUUUCUCGGUGGAAAACAAAUGAAGCCUUUUCAUAUGGGUAUGUUCGAGCAGAAGUUCUGGCUGGCUUUGUGAAUGGGCUAUUUCUUAUCUUCACAGCCUUUUUCAUCUUUUCUGAGGGGAUUGAAAGAGCCCUUGACACACCAGAGGUCCAUCAUGAACGUCUUCUUCCAGUUUCCAUACUGGGAUUUCUUGUGAACCUUAUUGGCAUAUUUGUGUUCCAGCACGGAGGAGGACAUGGGCACUCCCAUGAAUCUGGUCAUGGACACAGCCAUUCACUUUUUAAUGGAUCUCUAAGUCAUGGGCACAGCCACAGCCAUGGAGGCAGCCAUGGGCAUAGCCACGGAGGGGGACAUGGACACAGCCAUAGUCACGGAGAGGGGCAUGGACACAGCCACGAUCAAAGUCAUAAACAUGGCCAUGGCUAUGGCAGUUCUUGUCAUGAUGAGCCCCCAGAGGAGCAUACAGGAUCCAGCAAGCAGAUUUUAGAAGGGGUAUUUUUGCACAUUGUUGCUGAUGCUCUGGGCAGCGUUGGGGUGAUUAUUUCCACUAUCCUGAUGCAGAGAUACGGACUGAUGAUUGCAGAUCCUAUUUGUUCCAUGCUCAUAGCUCUUCUUAUUUUUGUAAGUGUUAUUCCUCUUCUUAAGCAAUCCAUUGGUAUCCUGAUGCAGCGGACUCCUCCAUCCCUGGACCAUGUACUCCCUCAGUGUUAUCAGCGGGUGCAACAGUUACAGGGUGUCUACCACUUACAAGAGCCACACUUCUGGACCCUCUGCACAGACGUCUAUAUCGGAACACUAAAGCUAGUCAUUGGACCAGAAGCUGAUGCCCGCUGGAUUUUGAGCCAGACUCACAACAUCUUUACACAGGCUGGUGUCAGGCAGCUGUAUGUACAGAUCGACAUGGCGGCUAUGUAACCCACCAGAUGGCUUCAUUUCUUGGGACCAAAGUGCAGUACAGAACACUAGGAUCCUCCACACUUGUUAAGCAACCCAGCAAAGCAGGGUUGCAGCCAUUGGGACCAAAUACCUCUUGUAUGACUCCUCUAUGAGGAGCAGCCUCCCCGUGCUUGAGGCCAUGCCAUCUUUUGUAAAGCUCCCUUUUGUACAGAGUUCUGACCAAGUGUCAAUUUUUGCCUUCCCUUUUUUUCUUUUUAAACAUCUGUACAACCCAUCACCGACUCUCUCUGACUGAGAUCUGCAGCAAAACACUGAAUUGAUCAUGACCACAUUCUCUCAGUUACUGUACCUGCACUUUACCUCAGUGACACCGUUUGUGUCAGUGACUUGGCAUCCAAUUUGGAAAAAGCUUGUAGUGCAAAAUGCAAAAUCCAGCCUCUGUUAUCCUCCUGCCGAUGGCUGUUUCUUCCCACUGUAAAGGGCUGGUAGUUUUUCAUUUUUUUUUGUCAACUUAUCAAUUUCACCAGUGUUAUACAGAGCUGAGCCAGCUUUGUUUAUAUGAAAGGAAGCAAAAAAAAAUGCUUUGGGGGGUUAGUAACAACCCCCAUGGGUCCUGCAAACACCUUGUUCUAUAAAGUGCCUUUCCCCAUCCUGGCUGGCACUGCCCUGCCCGCUACAGCUCAGCCAGUGACUCCAAGUGCUUUUGUUUUUUUUGUUUGGAGCAAGAACAUUACUGUUCUUUGAUUUUAUAUGUUCCACGUACCAUGUGAAUGAUAUGCUGCUGGUGGUGAAGCCUAUACACCUCAGAGACAAUGGAUUAAUGAUGUAAAACUGAAAUAUGCAUUCAUUGUUUUUUUUGUUGUUUUUUAAGUGACAUCCACAAAACAACUUUUCUGGGAAGUAAAAGGAAAUCACUUUUUAAAAAAAAAAAAAAAAAAAUCAAAUCUAUUUCCUCUGAUCCACCAUUUAAUAUGAAGAAGACAUUACAAAGUCCAUCUCGCACAGUGAGCUUUACAGGGCAUCUUAACUGUGAACGUCUGGAAUUCUGUGAACUCUUAACUGGAACAGAGACAUAUUGGAAACAAAACUCUGCCUUCUGGGAUGAUUUUAGCCACACCCACUAAGUGUUUUCUUUUCCUUUUUUUUUUUUUUCUUUUAAAUUAAUAGAUUUUAUCCGGUUCAAAGGAAAGACUUUUAAAUGAAGGUACUGCAGAAAGUUAGAGCAAAUCAACUAGGGAGAACAUUUCAGUAUUUUACUUGCUGCACAAGCUGUUCAGGAGUAAGAUGGUUUUGCUUUCCUGUGCAGUGAUCUUUGUAAUAUAUAUAUUUUAAAUUAGCAAACAAAUAGCAGGUUCAGUGGGGUAUAGAUUAGCAUUGGCUUUGAUGCUAAUGUUGAAAUGUAGUAAGCUGUAAAACCUUAAAAACAAGUCUGCACAGUUGGCUAGGUUGCCCAGCAAAAUAUGGAACGAUCUCCAUUUGAGCAUGGCAGGGAAGGUGAGCCCCACUAUGUCUUUCUAAUAUAACAGCAAUAGCCCCCGGUAGUUGCCUGCUCAGGGUCAACUGGAAGGCAUAUUUUUGGUAAAUAAAUGGUGUAAACCAAGUUUCCCUAUAUAGCAGGUAAGCUGCAGCCAGAGAAGCAUAUACAAGAGUAUAUGAAUAUUAGUAUCUACUACAAGCUUGCAAGCAGAAGAGAGGUUGGUGGCAUUUUGAAACUAUAGCAGUGAAUCAGUGAAUACUCUUAUAACCUCAGCAAUGAUCUACUGUGGGAUUCACCUACCAGUUCAACCACCUCCUGAACUUCCCAAACAACUGUUUUUACUCAUAGGGACAAGUUGCAGUAGAUGGCACCAUGCUGGGCAAGGUAGUCAUGGUGUAAGAAUAUGGCCUAGACAAGAAAGCAGACCAUUUUCACAGAUCUGAUAUCCCUAGAAUAUAUUGCUUUAACCCAAAGAUGAUUUCAGUUUGCCCAUCAAUCAUUUUCUUGUUACAGAGACCUGAGAAUUACUCACAGAGGGGCAGAUUGCAAGGGAAAGACCAUUUUAUUUUAAUUUUAACUUUACAAAAAUAAAAAAAAAAAGUGCUGGAAAUUGUUGAUUUUUGUUUAUUGCACAAUUUUAUUCAUAUAUAUAAUAAAAUACAAGUUUUUUUUUAAAA